GGCACCUGCUCCCUCUGCAGCUGGAAGCUGGGAAGUGUUCCCCUGCACAUCAUCCGUGUCCCUUUCCCUAGAGAGUGAGACCUGAUCAGCUGUAACCAGAGACGUAAAGGAACACUGCCCGCUACUCUGCUGUCAAAGCCUUACAUUCUGCAUUGUGUUCAUCGGUACAGCAGACAGCAGCAGUAGCAGCAGCAGCAACUCUUCCUGUGCUGGGGUGAAUCAUGAAUGAGAAACUGGACGCAAAUUUAUCAGUAACCUGGUUACCCAGAAAAGGCAUCAACAGGACUCAGCAUGCUGAGCUGAAUAUUAGUUAUGUGGAUUUUUAUCUUCACCGAACUCCAGUGGCAGCAAUUUUCAUCAUCUCAUAUCUUUUAAUAUUUAUUCUGUGUAUGCUUGGUAAUGGCGUGGUUUGCUUUAUUGUUCUGAGCAGCAAACACAUGAGAACUGUUACAAAUUUAUUUAUUCUGAACUUAGCUGUCAGCGACCUACUGGUUGGAAUAUUCUGCAUGCCAACAACUUUGCUGGACAAUAUAAUUGCAGGUUGGCCAUUUGGCAACACAAUAUGUAAGAUGAGCGGCAUGGUUCAAGGGGUAUCUGUAUCUGCCUCUGUUUUUACUUUGGUAGCAAUAGCAGUGGAUAGAUUUCGAUGCAUUGUUUACCCCUUCAAGCAAAAGCUGACCAUAUCAACUGCUGUUGUAAUUAUCGUAGUCAUCUGGGUUUUAGCUGUCUCUAUCAUGUGUCCAACUGCAGUCAUGUCCCACGUUAAAGAAGACAGACAUUUUAGAAUUGUUCUUGGUGGUAGUAACCAAACAAGUCCUAUUUAUUGGUGCCGUGAGGACUGGCCAAAUCCACAGAUGAGGAAAAUAUAUACAACAGUGCUGUUUGCUAAUAUUUAUCUUGCUCCUCUGUCUCUGAUUGUGAUUAUGUAUGCUAGGAUAGGAAUUACUUUAUUUAAGAGUGAAUUAAAUGUUGAAAGUAAGAAUCACCAGCAACAAAGACAUGCUGUAUCUCGCAGAAAGCAGAAGGUCAUCAAAAUGCUUAUUGUUAUUGCUCUACUUUUUAUUCUUUCUUGGUUGCCUUUGUGGACUCUAAUGAUGUUAUCAGACUAUGCCAACCUAACAGAAAACCAGCAUCAGGUGAUUAAUAUUUACAUUUAUCCUUUUGCACACUGGUUGGCUUUUUUCAAUAGCAGUAUCAACCCAAUAAUUUAUGGAUUCUUCAAUGAGAAUUUCCGCCGUGGAUUUCAGGCUGCCUUCAAACUUCAGCUCUGCUCAGAGGAAAUAGAAAGAAGAACUAUGUAUUCUCACAGAGCUCAAGGUAAUGCCAUUUUGCCUGCAAUGUCCCAAAACCAAGGACACCAAGACUCUGCAUUUGAAAAGCAAAGCAAUGAUGAAAAGGAAUCAGAAAAACGCAGGCCUUUAACAAGCGACCAGGAUUUGGUAAUGGAAGAUUUGGAAAUGUUUUCAAAUAACAAUGGAAUUCAAAAAGACAUGGUAUGAUUGCCUCAACAAUCUAGCUUUGAAAACAAGUGUACAUUAUGUAUUUGCCAGAGACUAUUUUUUUUGUGUGUGUGUAUAAUAAGGUAAACAAAUCAUUUCCAAGCCAAACAUAUACCCCACACUGGUCUAUGAUGAUAAAAAAUAUACAUGAUUUGUACAGAUGUUAAUGUGAAUGCUUGUAUAUACUUAAACUUCUGUUGUAUGUAAUGCAUUAACAUUUUCAGAAACAAAAAUGUAAAUAAAGUUAAUGCUAUUUUUGGUGCAUUGCAAA